CCCACUUCUGCCCUCGCGAAAUCACCAUCUUGCAACACCACAACCGCAAUCAUGUCCCACGAAAGCGUCUGGAACUCGCGCCCGCGAAACUACGGCAAGGGCUCUCGCCAAUGCCGCGUCUGCAAGCACACUGCCGGUCUGGUCCGCAAGUACGACCUCAACCUGUGCCGUCAAUGCUUCCGUGAGAAGGCCAAGGACAUUGGUUUCCACAAGUACCGAUAAAGGAGUUGUAUGGGGGCUUCCGAGGGGGGCAAGGGAUUGACGGAUGCGUGCUGCGUUUUUGAUGGCCACACACAAAAAGCACUCGGAGGGCGGCCGCCUGGAACCGGAGUUUAAUGGAUGGCUUGGUUUUAAGGAAAGAUCGUGCGUCUGACGAACAUCCUCCGAGGAUAGACGAAUACCAUUGCAUUCGAAAAAAAAUUCAUACUGCUGUCCGCUCUGUUGGUGUGCUUUUUGUUUAUGCUGGGAGAUGACGAGAUGAAGACCUAUGAAUGCCAUGGACCGAAAAGUUUUUUCUCUCUCUUGAUUCAUGUUGCAGC